AUGGUCGUCCCGCUCGAGCUCUCGGUGCUCAAGCAGCUCCAGACCAUGGUCACCAAGUAUGUCCUCGGCUCGAAGAUCGGCCGACAUGAUCGCUACAUCAGCCUCGCUCGACAAGGCUUGCAGUUCGACGUACUCGUGGGCCUGCGUAUCCCGCAUGUCCACUCGAUCGUGACACGGCAGCGCCUCCGCGUGCUGCAGCGAUGGGUCGCGCCGUGCGAUGCAACGACGAGUUCGUGGCAAAGUCUCGCACGCGCUGCCAUGGCCGACGUCUACGGCCCUUUCGAUGAUGCGACAACAUUGGACUUUCUCUGGUACUACCCGAACCGGCGUACCACGAUGCUCGACCUCGAACAGCUGCCUCCGCUUCUGCGUGAUGUGUGGCAACAUUGGGCUCGUGUCCCAACAACGCGCCGAGCGCCGGCGGGGUUCACGCCGACAAUGCUCGCCAACGCGCCUUUGUGGUUCAACCAGCUCGAUGCAUUCCAAGGUCCGCAAGGCACGGGCAAGACAGCAUUUGCUCUCUCGCUCGAGCUUAGUCAUCGAGGCUUCUACGGACAUCUCGCCCGCUGCGGGCUGCGACGUCUUACGGACAUUCUUGACAACGGCGCGUGGCCCUCCAAGGAGCAGUUCAACCUGCGCCUCGAGAUCCAUGCCCAGACCUACGACAGCCCGCCGGCGACGUUCACGUGGUUGUACAAGCGCUUCACAGUCGUGGCGCAACAAGUGUGGGACGCGCUGCGCACGCCAUGGGGUCACCCGUUGCCACAGCUCGCGGCGCGUCCGCUGGUGUGGCCGAUGCCGGACAAGCAGGCGUUUGUCACGCUUGCCCAUUGGCCCAAGUCCAUUCUUCAAGCCGUCGCAUCGUCGCGGCCGAGUCUGGACCGGGAGCAUCCGAUGCUACGUCUGCAGCCACGGCCGCCGGACGACUUGUACGAGUACGUCAAACUCGUUCGCCGCAGCAAGCGGCAUGCGAUGCCGUUUGCCCGGGAGCACAUCGAGUCCUUGGGGCUCGGCCUCGUCAUGGUCAUGUUCCACCAACUUUGGACGUUGCGCAACCGCGUCAAGUACGAAGACGGCCGCCCGCCGCGAGCCACGUACGUCUUUGGCGUCACCGUCGUUCGCUGGCUUUCCCACGUUCGACACUGGCUCCGGCCCGGCAACACAUCCGACGACAAGAUCGACGCGCUCCGUCAAGUCAUCGACCACCUGCUCGCGCAACCCGCUUACGCCAACCUCCGCGACUCGUUCCGAUACGCGUUUCCCACGUGA